ACCCUUAGCAUCAUCCUCAUGGCUAAUAGGAUAGUACGACGGUAUGAAAAUGAUGAGAAUGAAUUAGAAAAACCGGAUCCAAUUGAUAGUGUCGUAAAUCCACAUGAGGAUGACGAAAACCAAGAAGAAGACGGCGAAGAAGGAGAGGGAGGAGUAGAAGACGAAGGCGGAGGAGGAGAAAGAGAAGGAGGGGAAUUUGAAGAAGGGAGAGAAGGGGGUGAAAGAGGGGAUGGCAAUGAAGAGAUUGAGGAAGAGGAGGAAGAGGAAAAGCCGGAAAUCGACUAUGACAAACCAUGCUGUAGAUGUUGCUGUUGUUACUUUUUCCGACGGAGACCUCAAAACGAUACCAGCGAUAAGGAGAUGGUGAUGACGGAGAACCGUCAUCCAGCGUAUGAGGCCAAGGCUUCCAGAAUGGCCCAACUACUCUACUUCAAGGAUGACGUCGAAGCGGAAAGUCGCAAAGCCAGGAUUCAGAUGGAUCUGGUGGAUUUACAAAGGCCGGAAGUACCAAUGAGCUUUAGGCUUUAUGACUUUGCGAAGCCGGCCUCCGAGGACUACAUUCUCCAUUGUCUGCGACAAGAGGCACGAAUUGCGUUGUGCUCAACCCUAGAAAGUUUUAAGGAGUGA